AUGGAGCAUUUUCCUAAUGUCUCUGCUUAUUGUCAACGUCUCAAGUCCCUUGCGGAUCAAUUGAAGAACGUUGGCGCACCGGUGUCGGACAGUCGUAUGGUUUUGCAAUUGGUAGAUGGUCUUACAAAACCGUACCGUGGUGUGGGUAUGGUAAUCCGGCAAAGCAAUCCUCUUCCUCCUUUCUAUAAGGCUCGGUCUAUGCUUGUUCUUGAAGAGGCCGAGAUGUCUAAGGAAGCAGUCACCGAAUCAGCUAUGGUGGUCACUUCAAAUGAUGAUGGGCCGAUUACUUCUGAAAAAUUGGGUCGUUCUAAGGGGAAGCAAGGUGUGCAGCACUCUGGUGGUCGCCGCAACAACGGUGGCCGGAAGAACAACAAUUCCGGAGGUGGCAGACGCGACUCCGGCAGCGGCAAAGGUGGUGGCAAGGGACAGAACUCCGGUGGCCAAGGUGGGAGCUCUGAUACCAUAAUAGAUUAUUCAAAUCUCUCUCUCUAUUCACAAACGGAAGACCCUCCUAUAUACAAUGUACAUACCAUCAUGAAGGCUAAUAAUUAG